AUGGGGCGGGACGGCGGUGGCGGCGUCGCCGGCGGCAUGUCUGACUCGCUGCUCCGGAAGGUGCUCCUCUCCUACUUCUACGUGGCGGUGUGGAUCUUCCUCUCCUUCUCCGUCAUCGUCUACAACAAGUACAUCCUCGACCCCAAGAUGUACAACUGGCCCUUCCCCAUCUCGCUCACCAUGGUGCACAUGGGUUUCUGCUCAUCCCUCGCCGUCGCGCUCGUCCGCGUCCUCCGCGUCGUCGACCUCCCCACAUCGCCCUCCAUGACGCCGCAGCUCUACACCUCCUCCGUCGUCCCCAUCGGCGCGCUCUACGCGAUGUCGCUCUGGUUCUCCAACUCCGCCUACAUCUACCUGUCCGUGUCGUUCAUCCAGAUGCUCAAGGCGCUCAUGCCAGUCGCCGUCUACUCCAUCAGCGUCCUCUUCAAGAAGGAGACCUUCAGGUCCUCCUCCAUGCUCAACAUGCUCUCCAUCUCCUUCGGCGUGGCCAUCGCCGCCUACGGCGAGGCGCGCUUCGACGUGCGCGGGGUCGCGCUGCAGCUCGCCGCCGUCGCCUUCGAGGCCACGCGGCUCGUGCUCAUCCAGAUCCUGCUCACAUCCAAGGGCAUCUCGCUCAACCCUAUCACCUCGCUCUACUACGUCGCGCCGUGCUGCUUCUGCUUCCUCGUCGUGCCCUGGGCCUUCGUCGAGCUGCCCAGGCUGCGCGCCGUCGGCACCUUCCAACCGGAUUUCUUCAUCUUUGGGACGAACUCACUCUGCGCCUUUGCGCUCAACCUUGCCGUCUUCCUGCUAGUCGGCAAGACCUCGGCGCUGACCAUGAACGUCGCUGGAGUAGUCAAGGACUGGCUGUUGAUUGCCUUCUCGUGGUCCGUGAUCCGGGACACUGUCACUCCGAUCAACCUGUUUGGGUACGGGAUCGCAUUUUUGGGGUGGGAUACUACAAUCAUGUCAAGCUGCAGGCGCUCAAGGCUAAGGAGGCCCAGAAGAAAGCCGCCCAGGCUGAUGAGGAGGCUGGGUCGCUCUUGCAGGAGCGCGAUGGGCACGGUGAUCGCAAGAGCGACAAUCAGGCUUAGAGUGCCAGAUCUGAUCCUGGCUUCCCCAUAUUUGGUUGGUUCUUGA